AUGCAUCAUUUGUUCUCGCAACCAGCUGCUCAGCAGGAGUCUGCAAUUGCAUUCAAAAACCUAAUUGAUUGCACCAACAAACAUGUGAGGGCAUUACAAGCAUUAGAACGUCCUACAAAGUAUUGGGAUGACAUACUCGUUCAUCUGGUGUCUACAAAGCUGCCACCUGAGAUGAGAAAGACUUGGGAAAUUGUGUCGUGUUAA